GACACGCCUCGCCCGGCCAUAUUAAUUAUAAAACACCGUGAUAACCGACUAAUUUAUUCUCAAAUAUUUUUUUCCAACUUAGUUGCUGGCCUGGUACAUUUGGCCUGUAUCGACCUUCUGAGCUCGACCACCUGACGUCACCUGCGAUCAAACCAAAACAUUCCUCGCCCUGCGCGUCGCCAAUAAGAAAUGAUGCACAACAACAAUGCUGCUCCUGCAGCGACCACAGGUCUAUUAUCUCCAGCAUGAAACCACGCGUCAGGAUUACGUUAGGGGGGAAAGAAGCUCAAGAUCGCAAUUUUCUUGCAGAAGAUAGGUUUAGAUUUACACCUGUCAAAGUCGCCAGCUCCGCACCCCGACUUUGGGAGCGCAAAGCAUCGGUGCCGUUUCUUGCACGCUCAAAAUCUCGCAAGCUCUGGAAACGCUUCCGGUCGUCAUUCAACAGCAUGAAGUCGCUCCAGAAGCUUGUGGCGGAGGAGGAUGCCUGCGUGGCCGACGUGGCUGACGAGCUUGACCUGGAGAUCAACUUUUCCAGACAAACUGGUUAUUUACGCGGUGUCAAGAGGAUAUGUCUCAAUGAGAAAGACACGGAAGGCGAGGUUGAGGUUGGCAAAGAACGGGGAAGGUCGUUCCUUGAAACAAAAUGGGAGUCGGAAAUGGCAAGGAAAAGACGCAAAAUCCCUUCGAAAGACUGGCAACCCGUCGAAAACACUUGGUCCCAGGAUGUUUGCCAAAACUCCGCAUCACAACCAGACACGACGAUAGCAACAGACGUUGUCGAAGGCAUGGAGGAAGACAGAGAGACUACAAUCCCUGCCAUCCAAUUAUUGACAGAACCAGUUCAUGACUCGCUAUCUCCAUAUGAGUCAAAUGAGGAAGGCAGUCCGGAUCAUGAAAAGAUGGAUGACCAUCAUGCCGGGGAUAGUGCUCUCGCCCACGUCGAAAAUGAGUCCGAGGAUACUGCGCAGGAAUUUACGCCUUCGGAAGAUGUCUCUCUUCUCGGGAUCGGCGGUGACACAGUUGGCGAGACGAGUACAGCAGAUGAUCGACAGACUCCCUCAGCCACUAACGGGAGUUGUCCGAAGGUUUUCGUCGAUGUCGAAAACAGCACCAUAGAAGACACCAUUGCGCAAGAACAGGAUUUUGUCCGAUCAGCACUGGGAAGCGCUCUGGAGGGGGAGGGGGAUUAUGAGGAUGCGGAGCUACUCAACAACUUCGUAUCUAAAGCAAAAGCCAAACGCGCAGCUAAAGCAGCGCUUCCACCGCAAGAUGCAGAGCAAGUCAACGAUGAGGAAGAUGCGGUAGUGGAGUUCCCCACCCCACGAUCCCGGCGUGUCUUGGAAGAAUUGGAUGCGAAUUCCCCAUCUCCUCAAAAGACACAAUUGUCUCCAUGCAAAUCCGAUGUGCCCCACGAAUCGCCGGCUUUGAGCAACGGCUCCGAGGGGAAACAAGCAGAUGAUCAGAAAGAGGGACAAGAACAACAUGAACAAGGCUCAAGCCCCCUCCGACGUAGUAGCCGGACGUCCAAACCCCCACUGCGGACGACGAUCUCUCUUCGCCGCCCGAAGGGGAACGAGUUUAUUUUCCUGCAGCGGACACAGGCUCAGGAAAUCGCGUUGGCGACUCGUAAAAACACCCGGUGCAACAAGGGUGAUGCACAGUUCCCGAAGUUUGUCCUCCAGGCAUUAGCCCAACAGCAACAGAAGUCCGACCAGGGGUCCUCCUCUCCCGAGCGCAGCGAUACGGACACACAUCGCCACAAAACAAGUCGGAAGCGAAGCGCCAAACGGGUGGUGUGGAACGACAAGCGACUUGUCGAGUAUGAAGGAGACGACACGACCACGCCUGCAGGGGAUGAUGAGAGUGAUGACGUUCUUACAACAGCAGGAAAGACGACCACGGCAACCCAGUCGGACAAGAAGAAAGCAGCUACCACUAGCCGCAUCAAAGAAGGCAAGAAUUCCGGCCCCAGCGUCCAGGCACCAGACUGUGAUACAGUCGUUGCCGGAACGUCAUCCUGCACCACUACUGCACCUGCUACUGCAACACCUAGCGCCCAGAGUGUGCGUCGGCUGGGGCCCUCUGCAUCUGCACUUCCCACCCCGGCAACUACCAGCAAGGCAAGGACCAUUGCACAAAAACCGACCUUGGUAUCAUCAGCUUCGUCGUCGUUAUCGUCAUCAGUGCUGCCACGCAGGAAAUUGACGCCCCGUGCGCCUAGCUCGGCCUUGCCGGGGACUUCGUCCAAGACGUCGCCGCCCACAGUUGUGGUCAGCAAUAAGAGCCGCCCAUCAACGACCUCGGGGAUCAAGACCAAGAGUAUGCUCAAGGCGACUGCGGGGUCUACCCCGAUGCCGAAGCGUAUCCGGGCUCGGUCCUGAAAACAUCGCUCUGCUUGUGAUCAGUUACCCCCAUGUGCUAGGUGAGGUGUGUUGCUGAGUCUUUGCUACGGAAGGAGUUUUUUUUUUCUUUUCAAAACUUGUCUGUUUUGCUCUAUUGUUUUAUUAAUUACCGUGGGGGUCUAUGGCAAGGAGUCUGUUCGGUUUAUUGAUACUGUGAUACCUAUGAU